CGAGACAAGGGUUAGUGUUCUGAGAUCCCUUUUUUAGUCUAAUUUCUUGCGAAUUUUUAGCAUUGCGAAUCGAUUCUUGAGCCGAUCUUCCGUUUUCUCUCGAUUCCUGGUUUAAAAAUUUAAUCUGAUCAGGCAUCCACGAAUCUGUGGAACCUUGCCCACUCUAAGCCUGAACUUUGCUGCUGUAAUUGGUCGAUGACUACAGCUUCUAUGGAAAGUGUAUCUGAGAAAUGUGUGCAAAUCGAGGUGUCAGUUGCACCACUAAUAUGUGGUCUUCCAGAUGACAUUGCUCUUCUUUGCUUAGCAAGGGUUCCCCGACGGUAUCACCAUGUCCUUAGAUGUGUCUCAAAGAGAUGGAGAGAUUUGUUAUGCAGUGAAGAGUGGCUUUCCUGCCGCCGAAAAAAUAAUCUGGAGGAAACUUGGAUUUAUGUUGUUGCCAGAGACAAGUCAAAUGGAAACUGCUGUUUUGUAUUGGAUCUGGAUCCUGCAAGGCGAUGUUGGAAAAUCCUCCAAGUCAUCCGAUCUCCAUGUUUAGCUAAGCAUGGUUUUUGCGUUGAAGCUUUGGGAAAGAAAUUAUAUGUGUUGGGUGGCUGUACCUGGCAAAUAGAUGCCAUGGAUGAAGUGCAUUGUUACGAUGCUUCCAAAAAUAAGUGGGAGAUAGCAGCUUCAAUGCCGACGGCUAGGUGCUAUUUUGUGUCAGCAUCUUUGAACAACAAACUUUAUGUUACCAGUGGACAUGGGUCGAACUCAGAUUCUCCAAAUUCAUGGAAUAUCUACGACUCUAGUUCAAGCUGCUGGAGCUCACUCAAGAAUCCAAUGCUGACUCCUGACAUUGUGAAGUUCAUUGCCUUAGAUGGAAAGUUGUAUACAAUCCACAGGACCUGGAAUGGUCUGCUAUUUGCUGGUGUGUAUGAUCCAUCAUGCAGUAGGUGGCAGGGUAUGAAAAAUGAAAUUGCCCUAUGCUCAUGCGGGCCCACAGUAGUUGUAGAUGGCACCCUCUACAUGUUGGAUGAGACUAAAGGGACAAAGCUUAUGAUGUGGCAGAAGGAGAGCGAGGAUUGGGUGGCCCUUGGUAGGUUGUCACAUGAGCUCACAAGGCCACCCUGUAAGCUUCUUGGCAUUGGAAGGAGUAUUUGUGUGAUCGGGCAAGGAUUGAGUACGGUGGUCAUCGAUGUGGAUAAGGCAGCAAAGGUUGGAGGGAUGUUGGUAUGCUCUUCUUUUGUUCCUAAUUUUGAUUGUGCAAAUCACUCCGUCAUUAGCUGCAAGACCAUCACCAUCUGAAAUGUUUGAUUCUGGAUACAUUUACUGCAGUCUAUUUCAUUUGUCAUAGUAUCUGUGAACAUAUCUUCCACAAGGAUUUGAAUGGACCGAAUGACGAAUCUAUGCAUCAAUCCUCUGUAAGAAAUUGCAUGGAUAUUGGAUCUAAUCAGAUGCAUCAUUUCAGACAUAUAAAAGUAAAUUUGCUUGACAGCAUCACUUGCA